GUGACGCUUCUUUUACUCAUUUUUGUUCAGAGGACUGUCGGCCAGCAGCGGAGAGAGUGGAGGGAAGUGAAUAGAGACGCUGAAGACUGUCUCGUCCCGAAGAAAACAACACUGACCUGGGAUAAGCUAUAAACGCUUCCGUGUGUUUCGACAGGUUUGCUCCAUCACUGUUGUUUGAUAACAGGAAGCAAAGAUGGCAAUGCAAAUGGGUGAGGUUGAUAAUGGUGUGGUGAAGGUGGCAGAGUGGCAGCAGACAAUGUAUGGCCUAGACUCGGGCAUCCAGUCUGGAGCCACCACAGUCAGAGAUGACGACGGCGAGUACACCACCUCCAAACACUACACUGUGACCACCACUGUCACAAGGGAACAGCCUGAGUUGGAUAGCCAGUACACUAUGACCAGAGCCCAGCGGGUGAGGGCUGCUAUGUUCCCAGAGACGCUGGAAGAAGGCACAACCAUCCUGUCUACUCAGACAGACCCGUCCCAGAUGACCAACGUCCAGCGGCUGGCUGAGCCAUCCCAGAUGCUCAAGACCGCCAUCAUCCAUCUGAUCAACUACCAGGACGACGCCGAGCUAGCCACACGCGCUGUGCCUGAGCUCACCAAACUGCUCAACGAUGAAGACCAGGUGGUGGUCAGCAAGGCAGCACAGAUUGUCAACCAACUGACACGCAAAGAGGCAUCGCGCCGCGCGCUGAUGCAGUCCCCUCAGAUGGUGGCAGCAGUGGUGCGGGCCAUGCAGAACACAAGUGACCUGGAGACCGCGCGGGCCACAGCCAGCAUCCUCCACAACCUGUCCCACCAGAGGGAGGGCCUGCUCUCCAUCUUCAAGUCUGGAGGCAUCCCUGCUCUUGUCCGCAUGCUCAGUUCUCCCAUGGAGUCUGUGCUCUUCUACGCCAUCACCACGCUCCACAACCUGCUGUUGCACCAGGAGGGAGCUAAGAUGGCCGUGCGUCUGGCCGACGGCCUGCAGAGGAUGGUUCCCCUGCUGAAGAAGAGCAACCCCAAGUUCCUGGCCAUCACCACAGACUGUCUGCAGCUGCUGUCCUACGGCAACCAGGAGAGCAAGCUGAUCAUCCUCGCCAACGGGGGUCCUGAGGGUCUAGUUCACAUCAUGAGAAACUACAGCUAUGAGAAGCUGCUGUGGACCACAAGCCGUGUGCUCAAAGUCCUCUCUGUUUGCCCCAGCAACAAACCCGCCAUUGUAGAGGCUGGCGGGAUGCAGGCUCUGGGCAAACACCUCUCCGGCUCUAGCCAACGUCUGAUGCAGAACUGCCUGUGGACGCUCAGGAACCUGUCUGACGCUGCCACCAAGCAGGAGGGUAUGGACAGCCUGCUGCAGGUGCUGGUGGGCCUGCUCAGCUCAGAUGACAUCAACAUGCUCACUUGCGCCACCGGCAUCCUGUCUAACCUUACAUGCAACAACGCCCACAACAAAACCCUGGUCACCCAGAGCAAUGGAGUGGAGGCACUGAUCCACGCCAUAUUGCGUGCCGGUGAGAAGGAGGAUGUGACCGAACCUGCCGUCUGCGCUCUGCGCCACCUGACUUCGCGCCACCAGCAGGCUGAGGUGGCGCAGAAUGCUGUGAGGAGACACUAUGGCAUCCCCGCCAUCGUCAAGCUGCUCAACCAGCCCUACUACUGGCCUGUCAUCAAGGCUGUGGUCGGCCUGAUCCGUAACCUGGCCCUGUGCCAGGAGAACCAAGCCCCUCUCAGGGACGCCGGAGCGAUCCCCCGUCUCGUCAACCUGCUGCUCAAAGCCCACCAGGACGCCCAGAAACACGGCUCAUCUGCUCAGCAAACAUACCAGGAUGGAGUGAGGAUGGAGGAGAUUGUGGAGGGCUGCACAGGAGCUCUGCACAUCCUGGCCAGAGAUCCUGUCAACAGAGCAGAGAUUGCCAACCUGCAGACCAUUCCUCUGUUUGUGCAGCUGCUCUAUUCUCCUGUGGACAAUGUGAAGCGCGUGGCGGCAGGCGUCCUGUGCGAGCUGGCCCUGGACAAGCCAUCGGCUGAGAUGAUCGACAGCGAGGGAGCAUCGGCUCCACUGAUGGAGCUGCUGCACUCCAAUAACGAGGGCAUUGCUACCUACGCUGCAGCUGUGCUCUUCCGCAUCUCUGAGGAUAAAAACUCAGACUACAAGAAGCGAGUGUCUGUGGAGCUCACACACUCUCUGUUCAAACACGACCCCGCUGCCUGGGAGAUGGCCCACAACACCGUCCCCAUGGAUGGACACUAUCCAGAUGAACUGGACGCCGGUUUCCAAGGCUACGGCUACGCAGGUGACAUUCCCAUGGACGGCAUGGAUGGAAAUAUGAUGAUUGAUGAUUACACAGGCAGUGUGGCCUACGACAGACAACCGUACGCUUAGACAUAUUAAAGACUCAGAAGAGAAAGGGGAAGUAGAAGAGGAGGGAGAGGAGCAGAGGUGGGACGUAAUGGGACAAAGAAGAAGAGAAUAUAGUCGUCAGUAGAGAUUAUUCCCUCUGCGCUCAGCCUAAUGUAAUAUAUGCAAUUAUCACUGAGUAUGGGACUCUUAAUCUUAACAGGGCUCAACUUUGUUUUAUAGCCUAAUUUUGCUGAUUAUAAUUAUGACCAUGCUUGUAGGUUUCUGUUAGAGAACCUUCUAAGAGUGUGUGCAUGUGAGUAUGUGUGUGUGUGUAUGUGUGCGCGCGUGCGUAUGUGUGUGUUUGUGCUUUUGGGUGGGUAUUCUAUGCCAAAGAGAUUUUAUUUUGUGAUGAUAAUCCUGUAGCUUCCUUUUUUUAAAGAAAAAGAAACAAAAAAGAGAAUAAUAGUUGAAAACACUGCCAGAGGUGGCUCAACGUGCAUGCUGCACCUGCUCACCGCUCAUUUCUUUCUCAAUGCCUUUGUAACAGACACUGCUGUCUUCGCUGUAGUUUUGACACUAUAUACCGUCAACUUUCUCCCGCUGUGACCCCCAGGAGUCGGUGAAGAGUUGGUUAACACGGACUCACUCUUUUCUCUCGGCGCUAAUUCAAUAGGAGUGAACAAAUAAGGAGAUGUGGAGAUCUUUGACAGAGCAGUGUAGGGCUGCCCCCACUCUUAUGUAAUCAGCUGAUUAUUAUCUUGUUUAGGUGAACAAGAUGGUUAUUCUUUUCUUUUUUUAAUGAAUUGUUUCUCAUCUUUUAUAACUUAUUUACUGGGAAAGAUUCACAUUAUCCAACAUUACCAGAAGAUUGAUGAGAAAGUGAAUUUAAAGAGAAGAUCAUAUGUGACUAUAGUAGUUUGCAGUUUUACAGAUUUGUUCAACAGAUUAGUCAACAUGUAAGAUGAUAUAGUUGGGGACAGCCCUACAGCUAGAGCAAACUACUGACAGGGAAAUUUCUUUCUACUUAAUAAGAGUUUUUACUGAAAUUUUGUUUAAUAAAAAUAAAGGAUAUAUUAAACAUA